AUGAAAAUAAAGAACAAAGGAAAAGUUCAUCCAUCUCCUUCUUCUUCUUCUUCUUCUUCUUCUUCUUCUUCCGAUGGGAACUUUUUUGAUGUCUUGAACUAUCUUCCGGUAGCGAUUUUUGCUCUCGUCUCUGUUCUCACUGUCGAUGACCGGGAGGUUUUAGCCUUCAUGAUGAGGAGAUCCAUGGAAACCUCAUCACCAUCUUCUUCCGUUUCCGGAAAGAAAUUUUCCAAGAGAGUUUCCAAGAAAUCCGAUACUCCACGCGCCGGCUCUCGUAGCGCGUGUGUUCACGCGCCGCCUUCUCUUACUUGCUUUGAUUGUUACAUGAGUUACUGGGACCGAUGGAACUCGUCUCCAAAUGGGGAGCUGAUUCAUCAAGCCAUUGAGGCAUUUGAGGAGCAAUUAGCCAAGGGGGAGAAAUCCAGCAAGAACGUUAAAGGGAAGAGGAAGGACAAAAUCGGCCGCCGGUCUCUGGAUAAGUCUUUGAAUAUUGUUUCCCCACCGCUUUUGCCGGUGCCCGAAACUCAUCCUCUGCAGAUUGAUGAAGGUUCUUCUGCCGCUCCGGCAACAUCAGGAAGUGCCGCUGUGGAAGUAGAGGAGAAGAGCGGAGAGGCGCCGCGGAGUGAAGAGGAGGCGGUGGAGUCAAGGGGAGCUUUGGUGGUUAUCCCAUCGCCUCCACCGAACAUCCAUAAGGGUUUGGCCCGGAAGGUAUGGCCGGACGUGCUAGGGUUAUUCAAUUCUCGUUUAUGGAGUCUUUGGAGUCCAAAUUAG